AUGAAGGCCUCCAUGAUCAUCUCUUCCGCUGCUCUCUUCUUCGCCGGCGCUCUCGCCGCCCCAGCGACCGCUCGCUCCGCUCCCAUCAAUUUCACCGUUCAACUCGCCAACGACCUCUCUGGCAAGAACGCCAACGCUGAUGUCCCCGUCAACGGCGGAGCCCGCACAUUCGGUCAACUCUUCGGUGCCGCUUUUGGCCCCAAGGUCCUUGCUACCUCGCUCCAGGCCGUGAGCCCCGGUGCAGGCGGCAACAACGUGCACUGCGUCAUCAUCAACCCUGCCGCCCCAGCCUAUGGAGUGGUCCUCAACUCCUGGAACACUUUUGUCGAUCUCGAUGGCAACGUCCAAAAGGCUGUUGAGACAGAUGUUACUGCUUUCACUAUCGAGUGCUUCUUGUAA